AUGGUCAAAUGUCCAAUUUGCGAAAAGUUCGUGAAAGAAACCAAGAUCAACUCCCACCUUGACUCCGAUUGCCAAAGCUUCGUUGACGUCGACUCAAGCCAAACAACUGAUGGCUCUUCUCAAGGAGCUCAAACAACUCUUCCUGUCUCGUCAUUUUUCCAGAACUCCGUAAGAAAGGCGGCUCCUCUACCAAUAUCGAAAAUAGACGGCCUGGCAACAUCUCCUACACCGACCCAAAGUCUCAAGAGGAAGCGAUCGUUCGCGGAUCACGGUGGUCCGCAGCAAGAUCUAGACCGACCUAGAAAUGCUAAGCCGGAUUUUUUGGAGGACGGUGGCUGCACGACUAAGCGGAACCGGACGUCUAAUGCACUUAAAAAUGCAGCUCCGCUAGCGGAACGUAUGCGUCCACAGACAUUAGACGACGUUUGCGGACAGGAGCUUGUUGGGCCAUCAGGGGUGCUUCGUGGGCUCAUUGAACAGGACCGGGUACCAAGCAUGAUACUUUGGGGUGGUGCUGGAACAGGGAAGACGACUAUUGCGCGCGUCAUUGCAAAGAUGGUCGGCAGCAGAUUUGUGGAAAUCAACAGCACCAACUCUGGAAUCGCUGAAUGGAAGAAGCUAUUUGCUGAAGCAAAGAAUGAGCUCAGUUUGUCUGGGAAGAAAACCAUCCUUUUUUGUGACGAGAUCCACCGAUUUUCCAAAUCGCAGCAGGAUGUUUUCCUUGGCCCUGUUGAGAGUGGUCAAAUAACGUUCAUUGGCGCUACCACCGAGAAUCCUUCGUCCAGGAUCCAAAAUGCUCUGUUGUCGCGAUGCCGCACGUUUACUCUCGCGAAACUCACAGUCGAGAAUAUCGUUUCGAUACUUAAUCGCGCGCUGGAAGUCGAAGGCUCCAAUUAUUCUCCCUCUCCUCUAGUAGACGACGAGCUAAUUAAGUAUCUCGCCGCCUUUGCUGAUGGGGAUGCUCGAAUAUCCCUCAACUUAUUGGAGCUCACAAUGGACCUGUCGCGCCGUGAAGGAAUGACUAAGGAGGAUCUUAAAAAGUCUUUAACAAAAACACUCGUCUACGAUCGGGUCGGUGACCAACAUUAUGACACUAUAUCCGCAUUCCACAAGUCCAUUCGGGGCAACGACCCUGAUGCCGCUCUCUAUUAUCUGGCGCGAAUGAUUCAAUCCGGGGAAGACCCACUUUACAUCGCUCGACGGCUAAUCGUAGUUGCUUCUGAGGAUAUUGGACUGGCCGAUAAUACGAUGCUGACGCUUGCAACCUCUGCGUAUACCGCAGUGGAGAAAAUUGGCAUGCCUGAAGCUCGCAUUAACCUCGCUCAUGCGACGGUCGCCUUGGCUUUAUCUAAGAAGAGCACAAGGGCCUAUCGGGGCCUUGGCAACGCGCUAGCAGUGUUAGAAGAACCCGGGAUGGCUGGCUUGCCAAUUCCCAUCCAUUUAAGAAAUGCCCCGACAAAGUUGAUGAAAGAAAUGGGGUAUGGGAAGGAAUACAAAUAUAAUCCGAACUAUGUUGAUGGAAAAGUGGCCCAAGUCUAUCUUCCUGAAAAGUUGCUUGGCAAGAAAUUUUUAGAAGAUCACGAUCUUGGACUUCAGGUAGAUACAGACCUCUCUGAUAGCUUUGAAUACUAA